AAGAAGGAAGCAGGGGGCGGUGAAAGUAGAGCUGUGAUGCAGUGUGCGAAUCACAUGAGUAGGGAUCUGUUUACAAACUGAGGGCUGUAGAGGAGAAGUACAGAAGGGAGAUGAGAGGAGAGAGUCAGCCUGGAUCUGAAUUAACAUGAGCCGCAGUGUCUUCCUGUGUUACCUCCCUGUGUUGUCUGUUCAAACCCAGGGGUGAGAUGAACAGCUGCUUUCUGCAGGACGACUGAGGCUGACUGCCGGAGAAUCCGUCCACGUCCUUCCUUUUGUCCCUACAAAUUUAGCCACAGCAGGAUUUCACAGCUCGAGAAGGAGAAAGCGACACGUAAAGCAAAGCAGCGCCAAAGCAGAGGACAGAAGGAGAAGAAAGGAAGGAAGAGGAGGGAGGGAGGGAGCGCCUUGUGACAAUGUUUUGAAGGGAAGACAAGGAAAAACAAAACGGAGAGCCAGUCCACAGAGCUGGAUGGAAUUUGGAGUAUCUUCCCUGGUGAUGAUGUGUUCUCAUCCUCAAGGCUCACAGGGUCAUCUCACAGACUGACCUUGCUCACAGGAGUUUCAUGCCUGAAUAUGACAUACAACCCUGGGAUUUGUCUUAAAAUAUCAACCUGGAUUAAGCUGAAUCUGACUUUGAAGAACAGCCUUAUUUGAGGUUUAAUGCCAGCAUUGACUCUGUAAUAUUUCUGCAAAUCAGCAGCUGGUUGAUGACCUCUUAAGGAACCGGCACUGCUGUCAAGGUAAAAUAAAAAGCAGUGGACAGACAGACCGCAACUGUCGAGCGCAAGCUGCAAACCCAGAGGACUUCAGAGAAGUCACAGCCCCAAAGAUUUCCGACAGAACACAGUUGAUGCACCCUUGAUGCAUCCUCUCCAUCUCUGUACCGGUUGUCUGUGCAUCUCUGGAUUACAGAACUCCAAUCCUUACUGCAAGAUGACGGCUGGCGAGUUCUUCAACCUGCCACUUAAUGUCUACAUCAUCAUCCUCGGCAUCGGCCUCUUCAUCCUCAUGCUCAGUCUCAUUUUCUGCUGCUACCUGUUCAGACUGAGGCGACAAGGAACAAGAGAACAGUAUGGCUACAAUGAGGUUGUUUUGAAAGGUGCAGGAAAGAAACUCAGCCUUCUUGGUCAAACAUGUGCAGUGUGCUUGGAAGAGUUUCGCAGCAGGGACGAGUUGGGAGUGUGCCCCUGUGCCCAUGCUUUUCACAAGAAGUGUCUGCUGAAGUGGUUAGAGAUCCGCAGUGUCUGUCCCAUGUGCAACAAGCCCAUUUGUCGCCUCCAGCCAGAACCUCCCCAAGCACCAGAACGGCCGCAGAGCCUCCUGGAGGUCUGAAAAGGAGACGUACCUCUAACGCUGCCUCGCCUAUGUGGAUGAUUUACACAUAACAUCCCGUUUGUCUUUGCAGCUGACUGUAGUUUUAGUUAAAUAAACAGUUCUGAGGCAGAGCUUCUGUGCAGGCAGAAGAUUUAUAACCAGAUGAUUUUAAACAUAAGCACAGAGCCCUUCCAGCUCCAUAUUAAUAUUCAAAUAUAAAUAGUAACGACUUUUCAUCGAUAUUUCAGACAUGGCGCGUGUCUCUGCGCAUGAUCCAGCACAUAGGUGCCUCAGUGUUGAGUACCCCAGUGCCUGGAGAUGGCCAAGGGAAUGUCCACACUUCACCUGGCUGCAGCAGAUAAAUGGUUAUUCUAGCGAUGUGGGGAUGCACCGGUUGUCUGCCAGAGUGGUUGCCAUCCAGGACCCAAGGUGGUUCUGUGGUGUCAUAGAUGCAAUAAAGCACAGCACCAGGACAUGUUCCCAGACUUGAGGGUGACAGUCACAGGUAGGAUUGAUAUUGCAAUCUUAAUUUUGGAAACUGACUGGUUGAUUGGAUAUGCUGCAGCAGUCAGUGAAACUAAUUCAGACUGUGCUGAACCAGACUUGAAAGACACCACAGCUAUGUCAAACUUGCUGUCAAGAUUUAUAUGCAUAAUGUACGAAUCUACUCUCUCUGAAAACUUGUGUAUGCAAUGACUUGACAGAGUCUUUGUGUAUCCAGGUGAAAGUUGGUACACAAAGUCAGCUCACAAAACCAUGAGAGGUUUGAUGUUGAGUGGGAUUCUUUUGUAGUUAUGGCCACCAGGGGGCUGAGGCUUUGAAAGUUGUGUAUGCAAUAACUUGACAAAGAUUUUGUGUAUAUUUCUCAAAAGGACAUUCGGAGUUGCUUUCUUCCACUGACAAAAUCAAAAUAGUGGUGAUUCAUAUGCCUGUAAUGUAUCCUUGAAAACAUACCUGAAUCCUGUGGUGAUGUCACAGAAUUAAGCUUAUAUUUUUGCAUUUGGUAUUUUGGCCAUGUGGUGCAGUUCUGUGGGCGUGUUGAGGACCCCAACAACUGGAACAGGCCAAGGGGUUGCUUACAUGUCACCUGGUUGUGGCUGAUAGAUGGGUACUUUCAAGAAAUAGGGGUGGACUUGUUAUCUAAUUGGGUAGCUGACAUCCCAGGUCUAGCAAAACUGCAUUUUCCCUGGAUGCAAAACCAUCAAUAGCAUCCAAAUGUGUUAGAUUGAUGUAGUUAUUGAGGACAAAUUAGUUGAGAUAAAAUUCUUUCAAGAGGGCACUUCUACUGACAGUGUCUUACAGUUAUGACAUGCUACCGGGGCCGGCCCAGCCUAUAGGCAGUGUAGGCCAUUGCUAAGGGUGACGUCCAUCCAGGGAGUGCACAAAUAAGGAAAAAAAAUAAAGUCAACUUUCACUGUUAUUAUACUAAAACUAGUUACUAUUAUUUACCUUUUAAUAUAAAAUAAAUAUAAGCCCGCCUAUUAAAUAAAAAUAAUGAUAAUAGUGUGGCAAGCUGCGUGGAAGAACAGAGCAAGCUAAAGCUUUUGUCUUUUCUGCACUCUGCCACAAGGAGGUGCUAUUAUUUAUACACACAACAACACAGAGACAAUAAAAAUAAUGAAGCGAUCGCCGGGCCGGUCGCUAAGACUGUAAAUUGUUGUGCUGCAAUGCAUUAUGGGAGUUCAGUACCGUAAGUGUAAAAUGUAGUGUGUUUGAUGACUUCUGCCAUUGUCUCUGUCUCUGUAUGUCUCUGUCUCUCUCUGUAUUGUUGUGUGUAAAAAAUCAUAGCACCUUGUUGUAAGUAAAAUUAAUAGCACGUCUUUGAGUGCAGAAAAGACAAAAGCUCUGGUUUGGUCUUUGUUUUUCCAUGCAGCUUGUCACAGUCAUAUGAUGAAUUAUUUGUGGGGGAGGGGACGCCAUUAAAAAUCUUGCCUAGGGCACUAAAUUGGUUUGGGCCGGUGUUCUGUCGAGAUGAGCUCCCCCGCUGAGUUGAGCUCCCCGUAGUGUAAAUUGACAGUUAUGUGUCAAGUUGAGCUCCCCGUCAUCUAACGACAAUAUUCUGCUACAUGUAAAUCUUUACUUUUUUAAAUUGAAAAGACACUUAUUACUAUAUUUUUAUGUAAAGACAAAACUUAUGUGGGUUUUCUUCGGUAGUGGAGCUCAUCUAGAUGGGUGACCGUAUGUGGGUUUUCUUCGGUAGUGGAGCUCAUCUAGAUGGGUGACCGUGUCCCGUCGAGAUGAGCUCCACCAUGCAACUGCACUUGCGCACCUCAUCUCGACGGGGAGAUGCACAGUAGCACAGUAAAGCGAGGUAGCUCAACUCGACGGAUGUGUUCAAGUCCUGGGUAGAGAGAGAUGCGCAUGCGUGGUGGAGCUCAUCUCAACGAGUAGUUCAUCUCAUCGGGACACCAGCACUGCAUGCUACAGUGUUAUAGAUAUAAUUUAAAUGAGAGUAUUACAUCCUGCGGCACAGCUCUGCCUCUGAGAAAUGACUGUGUGACAAACCACAUUCUGGUUGUUGUCUGUUUUCCUAAAAAUGAUGCGCAGGUGAAUAUGGCUGGAUCUCUGAAACACAUUUCAACUUCUGGACACCAACUCUGAUGAUAUCAGAGCCUCCAUCUCUUUAAUGUCCUGACCAUCAGGACGAAUGCAGAGACUUUACAGGCAAACACGCACUGGAGGAAACGAGGACAUCCAAUAAAAGUACAGAGAGACCUUGGUUUAUUUAACAAAACAAUUAGAACUAACAGGAAGCACGAAUGUGGAAUUAUUUUUCUUACAGUUUCCCAUUAUCUCAUAUUCAGUCAACUUCCUCCAUGUAGCCAAGCUGACUGAAGGGAGUGGAGCUCUUCCUGGCAAGAGGGUUGACUCAUAAGUGAUCUCAUGAAACAGACAACAUGCUGUCACAUCCAACUACAGUAAGGCUGCUCACUAACCACAGCACUUAAAUAGCUCCUAUAGUAAAUACUACAUGUUUUGUAAGUUAUUUCUAUGGAACUGUUUUGUAUUAUAACUGGCUUUAAAUAAAAGUAUAGUGUGUCAGUGAUGGUGAAA